AAGCGGGAAUUAACGGGAGAGGGGGGUUUCGCGAAGCUGCUACCCGCGCUGUGCCCUGCUGCCGCUCCUUUCCCCCCUCCUCAGAGACAUGGAGCUCGGCUGUGUCCGCGCGCAGCCCGCUCUCGCCUCCCGCGCGGACGAGGCGGCGGGGGCGUGCGGGCCCGCGCCCCCCGGGGCCGGGGCGCUGCAGGAGACCGACGAGGACGUGUACGAGAGCCUGCCCGCCAGCGUGUCGGUGAGCGCCCACAUGAUGGCCGGCUCGCUGGCCGGGAUCAUGGAGCACUCCAUCAUGUUCCCCAUCGACUCGGUCAAGACACGCAUGCAGAGUUUACAGCCCGACCCGAAGGCACAAUACAAGAAUGUCUUCGAUGGUCUGUUGAAGAUUGUGCACACAGAAGGUUACUGGAGACCUUUUCGAGGACUGAACGCGAUGGUACUUGGUGCAGGACCUGCUCACGCUAUGUACUUUUCCAGCUAUGAGAAAAUGAAAAGGACAUUAAGUGACGCCAUCGGUCAGGGUGGCAAUAGUCACUUAGCAAACGGUAUAGCAGGAGGUACAGCAACUUUGAUCCACGAUGCAGUGAUGACCCCGGCUGAAGCUGUCAAACAACGAAUGCAGAUGUUCAAUUCUCCAUACAAAGGUGUCCUGCACUGUAUCCGGGUUGUAUACAAAACAGAAGGGAUCAGAGCAUUUUACUGGAGCUAUACAACACAGCUGACCAUGAACGUGCCCUUCCAGGCCAUCCAUUUCAUAACCUACGAAUUCAUGCAGGAGCAGCUCAAUCCUUGCAGGCACUUUAACCCCUUGUCGCACAUGCUGUCAGGGGCUCUGGCAGGGGCAACAGCAGCUGCGGCUACUACUCCGCUUGAUGUCUGCAAGACCCUUCUGAACACGCAGGAGAAUCUGAAGCUGGGAAUGCUGAAGACCAAAGGUCGGCACCUCUCAGGCAUGCUCAAUGCCUGCAGGAUGGUUUACAAGCUGGGCGGGUUGCCUGCCUACUUCAAGGGUGUGCAGGCACGUGUCAUCUACCAAAUGCCCUCCACUGCCAUUUGUUGGUCAGUCUAUGAAUUCUUCAAGUACUUUAUAACACUGCGGCAGUCUCAGGACCUGCCGGCCUCCUCUUGAGGGCAGCCUGCCCCUCCCUUCCGCUUCCAAAUGGGUGGUGUUCCAUAAGAUGCUCCCAUGAUUUUCCUAAGAGGUGAAUUAGGAAGUUCCUGUAAGUCUGAGGAUGUCUACUGGAUACUGUCAGUCAUGUGCCUGAACUGCUACAAGCUUCCAAUCUCUGCCAGAUCUUUCCCCAUAAGUUCCACAUACCAGUGUUCAAGAUCUGAAGACAUGAAAGAGCUUGGUUUCAGCUCCCGUCAGGGCUCAAACCCAAUGUCAGGCAAACAGAAAAAUGGUCACUUCCUGGUGCCCUCCCUUUUCUGUGUUGUAGUGCUCACUGAUGAUUUGAAUAAAUCUUCUAUAAAAACAGGGCAGUUGGAGUGGGUGGUUUCAGAAUCAUGGGGUAGUCCUUGUCUUGAAAAGCCCACAGUCUGAAUGCAUCUUGUAGGACACUAAAUCAGACACUCUUGGUAAUCUCUCUCUCUCUCUCUCUCUCUCUCUCUCUCUCUCUCUCUCUCUCUCUCUUCCCCACCCCACCCCCGAAAAAUUAAAAUACUUGCAGCUCACUGAGGGAACCUCCGUUGUCAAAGGCUGGAUGAGUUUGUGAACUGCCUCCAGACUGUCCCUGCAGCUUGUCAGCUCCCAGCUGAGGACCUCUGCAGAUAGGAGGGAGAGGGAGCUGGAGAGAUUUGUGCUGAACCGUUGACUAUGCAUUUGGGUGGGGUGAGCUGGGACACAAUUCAUCCUUCUUUGAAAAUUACAUUCAAGAUAUGGGGUUGGGAGGUGGAUGUUGUGGGAAGCAUAAGGUGUGAAAACAAGGGUUAUGACCCUGAACAGCACAAGAUUGUCAACACUAGGAAAAGGGACAAAUGGGUUCAGUACUUGUGAUAAUAUUGCCAGGUAUCUAGUACUUGGCUUUUCCAACGGGCAGAGAGCAAAAGUAAUCUGUAGUAAAUCAUUGUGUAUGUUUGAUAAAGAAAGUGAUAGAUAGAUGAAGACAGGUGAGAGAGAGAGAGAUAGAUGGAGACGGGUGAGAGAGAGAGAGAUAGAUAGAUGGAGACGGGUGAGAGAGAGAGAGAGAGAGAGAUGGAGACGGGUGAGAGAGAGAGAGAUAGAUAGAUGGAGACGGGUGAGAGAGAGAGAGAUAGAUGGAGACGGGUGAGAGAGAGAGAGAUAGAUGGAGACGGGUGAGAGAGAGAGAGAUAGAUAGAUGAAGACAGGUGAGAGAGAGAUAGAUAGAUGAAGACAGGUGAGAGAGAGAUAGAUAGAUGAAGACAGGUGAGAGAGAGAUAGAUAGAUGGAGACGGGUGAGAGAGAGAGAGAUAGAUAGAUGGAGACAGGUGAGAGAGAGAGAGAUAGAUGGAGACGGGUGAGAGAGAGAGAGAUAGAUAGAUGGAGACGGGUGAGAGAGAGAGAGAUAGAUAGAUGGAGACGGGUGAGAGAGAGAGAGAUAGAUAGAUGAAGACAGGUGAGAGAGAGAGAGAUAGAUGAAGACAGGUGAGAGAGAGAUAGAUAGAUGAAGACAGGUGAGAGAGAGAUAGAUAGAUGGAGACGGGUGAGAGAGAGAGAGAUAGAUAGAUGGAGACAGGUGAGAGAGAGAGAGAUAGAUGGAGACGGGUGAGAGAGAGAGAGAUAGAUAGAUGGAGACGGGUGAGAGAGAGAGAGAUAGAUAGAUGGAGACGGGUGAGAGAGAGAGAGAUAGAUAGAUGAAGACAGGUGAGAGAGAGAGAGAUAGAUGAAGACAGGUGAGAGAGAGAGAGAUAGAUGAAGACAGGUGAGAGAGAGAGAGAUAGAUGGAGACAGGUGAGAGAGAGAUAGAUAGAUGGAGACGGGUGAGAGAGAGAGAGAUAGAUAGAUGGAGACGGGUGAGAGAGAGAGAGAUAGAUAGAUGGAGACGGGUGAGAGAGAGAGAGAUAGAUAGAUGGAGACGGGUGAGAGAGAGAGAGAUAGAUAGAUGGAGACAGGUGAGAGAGAGAGAGAUAGAUGGAGACGGGUGAGAGAGAGAGAGAUAGAUAGAUGGAGACGGGUGAGAGAGAGAGAUAGAUAGAUGGAGACGGGUGAGAGAGAGAGAGAUAGAUAGAUGAAGACAGGUGAGAGAGAGAGAGAUAGAUGAAGACAGGUGAGAGAGAGAGAGAUAGAUGAAGACAGGUGAGAGAGAGAGAGAUAGAUGGAGACAGGUGAGAGAGAGAUAGAUAGAUGGAGACGGGUGAGAGAGAGAGAGAUAGAUAGAUGGAGACGGGUGAGAGAGAGAGAGAUAGAUAGAUGGAGACGGGUGAGAGAGAGAGAGAUAGAUAGAUGGAGACGGGUGAGAGAGAGAGAGAUAGAUAGAUGGAGACAGGUGAGAGAGAGAUAGAUAGAUGAAGACAGGUGAGAGAGAGAGAGAUAGAUAGAUGGAGACGGGUGAGAGAGAGAUAUGGAGACGGGUGAGAGAG